AUGUUUAUACGUGUAUUAUUGUUAUUAUUAAUCCUUGUGAAUUAUAGUAAUCAUGCUCAGGCAUCAUCAUCAUCAUCAUGGUCACUAUCUAUACCAUUGCCAGAUGGUACUCGACAUGUUAUUCAGAUGCCUUCUCGAUCAUCGAAUUCAAUAGAUGAAAUAUCUUCUCCAACAUGUCAUAAUUGUUUUAAUUUUCGUACACUAAAUGCUGAAAAACGAAUGAUUGUUGAACCUUGUGGAGGACCUAAUUGUGUUUCAAUAAUAAAUAGUACCAAUUUAUAUGAACAUGAGCCAACAAAAAAAUACAAUUUUAGUCAAUGUGGAAUGAUUGAUAAUAGCAAAUAUUCAAUAAUAAAUAAAGCUUUACAAUUAAAAGUUAGUACAGGUGUUAGAAAUACGUUACGUCCAGCUGAAUAUCCUUGGCUUGUUCGAAUAGAAAGUCGUACGGACAUAUUUUCACGUAUAGUAACACUCUGUGGUGGUACAUUAAUUCAUCCGCAAUGGAUUGUAACAGCCGCUCAUUGUAUGUUUGAUAGUAAAACAGAUCGUCUUUAUCCAACAAGUGGUAUUGCUUUAUAUAUGGGUCAUUAUGAUCGUUUAAGUACAAGUCUAAAUGAAUAUAUAACAAGACCUAGUUUAUAUGUUACUCAUCCAAAAUUUCGUAUUACUAAAUAUUCACCGGCACCUGUUCAUGAUUUAGCAUUGAUUAAAUUAGCUAAACCUGUCCCAUUAUCACGGUCGAUUGGUAUCGCGUGCCUACCAGAUCGUACAGAUAAAUUAACUGAUGGUACAUUAGCAUUUACUGCUGGUUGGGGUCAUGCAUCACCAGGUUCAACAGCAGUAAAUGAACCUCGAAAAGCAAGACUAAAAAUUUCAUCGAGAGCAUGUCGACAAUUAAUGAUUGAUCGUAAUAUACAUAUAUGUGGAAGAAAUGAACGUGGAAAUAAUAUAUGUAGUGGAGAUUCAGGUACUGGUUUAAUGGUACAUGCUGGUAUUAAAUCAAAUAAUAAUCAAACUGAUUGGAAAUGGCAUAUAUUUGGUGUUGCUAGUUUUGGUCUUGAUGAAUGUUCACCACGUGUUAAUCAUGAUAAUGCAUUUGCAUCGAUUUCAACAGAUAUUGAUUGGAUACACGAUGUGAUAAAUAAAUAUUAA